AUCACACAAAAUAACCCGCUCUUAUAAACUCUCUCUCCUUCGUUCUCUCCAGUACAGCGCGCUUUAAUCCAGAUAUAAUAUUCUAAAUCCACCGAGAGCAAUUAGUUCAGGUCAUCCGAACGUUACAGCAGGUUACAUCGGUCGAUAGCGUGUGGGAAUGCACGUUGGUACGCACGCCGGACGCACACGAUCCCAUUGCAGCCGACGAUUAUCUUGCGCUCGAUCGAUUAAACGCUUCCCCUUGAGUGAGCGUGUGUAGUGUGCAACCAUCGCACCCGCAACCACAAUGUCAGUGUCGCGUCGGCUUGGCCUAGACAACCCGAUAGCGCCGCCGUCCCUGUACCCCCGGGGCAGAUCGGCCGGGGGAUGCCUUACUCAUGCAAUAGCAUUGAUCAGUCUCCCAGCCCUCAAAGUCCAUGGUUGUGUGAGGUUCUAGCGUUCUACCCGCCUGUAUCGUCAUGAUCAUCGUAAUCUAAUAACGUGUGUCGAGCCGUACGAAGGUGGUGGUGUUUCGGUGUUCGUGCUCUUUCGCUCGCUCGCACGGUGCAAGAUGAGUUUUUUUAUGCCGUAGGCGAUAGAACAAGACAGUUUAAUGGCAUUGAAAGCUACGUUUAGCGAGAGAUGCUGUAACGCACUGUGUUGGAAAGAACACCACGGUCAGUGUCCAGUUGGACAGCAACGCAGCUACAUCGCGAUAAAGUUCGGCAGUUAAAGAUGUCUCCCCCGGCGAGCUCCAACAACUAUUCCGUCGAAAAACGUCCACCAACGUACGAUCAGUAUGAGUUUACCCUGCCCGACCUGUACCGCAAGAUGGCAAAGGAUGAGCUCCGCGAGGACGACGAGAUUCGGGAGCAAUCGUUAACGCAAAUGAGGGAGUGGAUUGCCAAACAUCCGUACAUUCGCAAGUGCCGUACGGAUGCGUCGUUUCUGUUGCGCUUUUUGCGCUUCCGAAAGUACUCCGUGCCGAUGGCGUGUGAGGCGCUGGAGCGAUACCUUGCGAUGCGCGAAACGUUUCCUACGUGGUUUAAGAAGCUGGACUGCAACGAUCCGGCAAUGCGAGAGCUGUUCGAGGACGGUGUGUUCACGAAGCUGGGACAAGAUUCGGAGGGCCGCAUGGUGAUUCUGUUCCGCGUGAAGCAGCUGAACGUGGACAAGUUUGGACCGCUGGAGCAGGGCCGGCUGGUGGCGCUGCUGAUUGAGGCACUGCUCGAGUGGGAAGAGCUACAGAUCGGUGGCUUCCGGGUGAUGCUUGACUUCACCGACACCGUCAUGAAGCACUACGGUAUGUGGGGCGUCUCCGACAUGAAGAUCUUCAUGGAUGCGAUCAACCGCUCGUACCCUAUACGGUUCCGCGAGAUUAAUGGUGCCAAGUUUCCCAAGUUUGCUGUUUCGAUACUGAACCUGCUGCUAACGUUCGCCAGUCCCAAGCUGAAGGAACGAAUAGUUUGUCACAAUACGGUGCUGGAGAUGAAGGGAAAAUUCGAACCUUCGCUACUGCCACAGUCGUACGGCGGUGAGCUGGAUACGGAGGAGAUGGGGCGCAAAUUUUUGAAACAUCUCGAGGAUCGUCGGAACGUGAUACUGGCGCUGGAUGAUAUGGAUAUCGAUGUAGCACACUACUCUUCGCUCUGGAGCCAAACGAACUUGGUGGAAAAUGAGGUCGAGGGCGGUGUGGCCGGUAGCUUCCGGAAGCUGAAUGUAGAUUAGUUGUCCGAAUACAAGGGUAAAGAUUGUAGGUUGUAAGAUCACAAGAAACGGGAUAGAGUUAUAAUAAAUCCAAUCGAAUUUUUGUACUAAAACAUUUGUUUAUUUGUUUGAAAUCGAAGUAUGCAAAUCUUUUAUAACAGUUGGUGAAGAUAAAGGGGACUGUAGAAAAUGAUAGCGGAAUAUGUGUAAAAAUUACAGUUGACAAAAAUGCACAACAGCAAGAACUGCAUUGAUGAUCAAUGCGGCCAAGACGAAGUACCUUCAUGCGGAUGGCUCUGGUCCUACUAGCGACACAAUCAAUUAGUUAAUUGUAGCGAACAUUGAGAUGGAGAGGAAAUUUUACUAUUUUGUGCGAAUAGCGGAGAAAUACAGGCAUGCAUCGAACAUUCUGUAGAACGAGUGAUAUCGUAGAACCAAGGGAAUACAAUAUACUUCUUCCCAGAUCAUGGUCUUUGGAACUUAUGGGUACUUCUAUGCUGUCUGCCUUAGCCUAUUGAUUAGGUCCAAUUAUAUAUGACUUAUUGGGA